CAUUAAUUUCUCACAUUGCGAAGUACCAAUAAUAUUGCUACCUAUUCAAGAAUUCAGUAUUUGAUUUCAAGCUGUUGUGUAUCAUAUUUAUAUGUUGUUUGUAAACACUAUUAUUACAAAGGUAUAAACUAACGAAAAUUAUGGGUAAAGAUAAGAAAAAAGGUAUAAAGGGAAAUGUUUUUAAAGUAGCUGGUGCUAAAAGUUUAAAAAAAACAAAAGCUAAGGCAGUUAACCUAGGUUUAAAAAACUUAAAACAAAAAGUUGUAGAUAUGGAUAAAGAGUUCUUAGAUAUCAAAAACAACCCAAAGCCUAAACAAGAAACUGAUAAACCUGUUACUAAGCCUGUUCAAAAGAAAAAGGACAAAAAUAUUACUAAAGAAGAUGUAGCAACAGCAGUAGAUCAAAUUGUGAAAAUGGAUAUAUAACGGAAUAAUUGGACAGUUACAUUGUUAUUUAGUAUUAAGCUUAAAAUAAGGGAUGGAUGAAUAAAGAGUCCAAAUAUACAUUGUAACUAUUUAAAUUAACAAUAAAUAAAUUUUACUAUACUA